CUAUUUCGUGGUAAAAACCCAGUCACUCUGAAAGCUGACCAAGAUCUAGUGAGACGGUUGUACGUGUAGGCAGCAAGUGCCAUAUUGUUCAGUGAAGUGCUUGUGAGCUGUACAAUCUGGCAACUCAUGGUCAUCACUGCAAGUGGCAUUAUGUCGUACAGGAAUCUUGUCAUCCUUGCUUGUACAGACAAUGAGUGGUACACGUUUUCAUAGACACUUGAGUUAUAUGUAAAUAUACUGCAGUAGUCCUGUUGGCCCAUGCUAGGACAGGUCUUAAAGUUUAGCGAUUGACUCCUGAGACGGAUAUCUUUUAUAGGACAAAUCAAAUUACAACCAAACAUCAUUAACCAUUUUCUGUAUACUGGAAAGAAAUGCAUGAAGAGAACUCGCCAAACACACUUAAAGAAAUUAUUCAGUUCUAAGAAGAGACAGUUUAUAAGGUGAAGUGGCGACCUUCGCCCAUUGGCCGUCAGAGAGACGAUGAAGCCAGUAUACGUGCGGACAGAGAGUGGCGAGAACAGCAAGCGAGCCAGCUGCUAUGUGUGUGGCUACCCACGUUGUGCAGAAUACCCGCUAGCGGUGAGGCAGCAGGAGACGGGGCCGUACUUUCCGUUCCUGGAGACCCACGAGCCUCCUGACGGUUCGGAGCCUCCGUCGGCCGACGGGCGCGUCCUCGCGUGCUUCCUCUGCUACUCGUACCUGACGCAGCAGUGGCAGCUCUAUGAGAGGAACAAGGUGCCGCCCGUAAAACGCAUCUAUUGGCUGAAGCGAGUGGACAACGGGCCCUACACGGGCGUAGAGGUGGGCAUGCAAACUGAGUAUGCAUCACAGCUCCUGGGUCUGACUCCUGACCCGCCCCCGACCCCGACCUCAGACCUUAAAAGACCAGGAACUACUGGAGGUGCGAGAGCUCAGCCGCCUGCAGCUGUUUCUGUCACACCUUCGGCCUCCGUUGAAGUAAAGAGAUCAAGGAUAAUUCCUCCGCAGCCUCAGCCCCCCAGUUUGCCAUUGCCUCCCCCAGGGGUACCGCCUUUGCCGCUGAGUCUGGCAGUAGCUCAGGUGGGCCCCCAGCAGGAGGCACUGGAUCUGUCCCUAGAUGGUCGACGGGGAACCAAGCGUGAUAGGGAGGACGACGUGGCGUACCGGGACCCUCGGCCGCCCCUCGCUCUCCCUCUUAGGACUGAGGUGCUGGACUUGCGGAUGCCUGACAAGAACGCCACCACCGAGGUCUGCUACGUCUGUGGCGACCACCACAAGAAGGGCACCUUGGUAGACAUAUAUGCCAAACAACAAAGUGGAAGUUGCCCUUUUUUUCCGAGCCUGAUGCUGCACCCUCGUCCCAGUAAGUCGCAUCCUAUGGAGGCCUCGGGGAGGGUGCAGGGCUGCCGGGAGUGUUACACCCACUUGCAGCUGCAGUGGGAUACUUACGAGGCCCAUCAUAUUCCGCACGGAGAAAGAAAUUAUUCUCUUCGUAAGAGAUCAUCUCUGAUGCAGGAUUGCACCGCUUUUGUGUGCUAUAAGUGUGGCCACGAGUGUCCCUCUAGUUCGUUAUGUUUAAUAUACUGCAAGCCCAACUCUGAGAACGAGCCUUACUACCCGUUCAUCCAGCAACUGGACCCUCCAGAAGGUGCAUCACCCAUCUCACCGCAGGGGAUGGUGCAAGUGUGUUGCGUGUGUUACAAAACAAUCCCGCAGCAGCAGAAGGAUUUUCAGGAGAGAAGAGGAGACAGUAGCAGCAGAAAAUCACCAGAGAUAAAGGGGGAAGGAGUCGGUGUGGGAGAGGAGGAGCGUGGUGGUAGUACCUCUCAGCCAACACCAGUACCUCUCAUUCCCCACCAGUUGUUACCCCGUCCUCCUUCUGCGUCUGCCACCGACACCGACUCCCAUGUGGAGGAGGCCACCUGCUACCUAUGCCACCAGAACCAUAGCCGACAGGCCAUGCAUUGGCUGGCCAUGGUGGCUGAUAGUAUCACUCAGGAUGGCCUGUACUUCUCUUUCCUCAAGUAUUUACCGAGAAUUGGUCAGAACAGUGUGGUGGAAAAUGGCCGGGUGCUUGCUUGUUCUCCUUGCUAUCAACACCUCAGCAAUCAGUGGGCAGAAUACGAGAAAGAUAAAGUUCCAACAGAACAUCGUCAGUUCUCCCUGAGAGCCAUGCCUUCAAACUCUCAGUCUCCGCGUCUUACCCCAGGCCCCAACCUCUCCUCACCCGGAAUGUCUCCCCUCUCAGAUAGCUCCCCACCACACGGCUUCUCGGCGGCGGCAGAGGCGCAUCUUAAAUCCACGGAGAACGUGAAGAAGGCUCCUUCAGGAUACGUGGGGCAGCCUCUCCAUACCCUCGAGGUGGUACCUGCAGAACAAGACCCAAAGGCUCCCACUCUGCCCGUCAUCACUACCCAGAACGCUCUCAGUAUUGCCAUUAAUUGCUUCGUCUGUAGUUUUCACUCCAAGCCCGGACAGACAUACGUUCUGAGGAGCAAACCACACGGCAGUGAGCCUUUCUUCCCCUUCUUGGGGAAGCACCAGUCAGCCCACCCGGAGGCUCGCGUCGACGACUCAUGCGUGUUAUGUUGCCUCUGCUGCUUCCAUUCCCUCAACCUGCAGUGGCAGCGCUACGAGAAGGAACAAGUGGCCCACUACGCUCGACUCUACGAUACCUACAAUUACUCUUGUUUUAUAUGUAGUCUCAAAACCUACCGCAAAAGGCUCUACCUCCUCCCUGUCAAGGAUUAUCCAUUCCUGAAGGAGCACAACCGGCCAGCUGGUGGCAUGGUGGUUGAUAAUGGCCAUUCGGUGGUGGUAUGUAAGGACUGCUACUCUUCGCUCAAUAACCAGUACAUAGAGUUGGAGAGAUGGGGAGUACCAGUGGAGAAGAGGCAGUACAACUGGAUUCAGCGCCCUCCGCCGCCAGAAUUCCAACAGGGCACCACAAGCAAGCCCAGCCAGGGGCCCACCUUGGGCAUUCAGUCCAUGUUUGUGGAGCCUGGCUCAUCUAGCCCAGGCUCUCAUCCAGGGACUCCCCCUGGGAUCUUGUCUCAGCCAGGAGGUGGGGGCAGCCCCAGGGGAUCUCAUGGCCCAGUAUUGGGCUCUCCCAGUGCGACAAGUGAUGGUCCUGGGUCACGGUCAGGUGCAGUCAAGCUAUGUGAAGAUCCUCCAUCGCCAGCCACCAAUGCCAUUCCCAAGUUAAUUGGAGCAAGCAAUGUCCCUAUAGAUUGUAAUGAAACAUCUUGUGUUGGGAGUAUCCCCUCCUGUAUGCCCCCCUUCAGUCAAAUUGGUGUCGCCAGGCAGGGGGGCAACACCCUUGCCAAGCAGCACACAGUGGCACCCAGUGAAGGUUUCAACUCUGGCGAUACCAAGCAACGGACUCCAAAGCAAAAAUUCACUUCAGUGGACCAGUCCCUCAAGAGCCACAAUAACGAAACCUUCUUGCAGCCGACCAUCUCCAACAAGCAUGUCUCCUCCAGCAAAGCCACAAUCACAAACCAACUAGAUGGUGAUAAAGUCACUCAUAAGAAGAGGAAGUCUGUAAUUAGAGGGAUGAAUAAUAAGGCAGACCCCACAAGUAGCACAAUACCAAGCCCCGACUCUCAUCGUGCAGUCAGCAGCUGCGGACGUCCUCUUAUGAGCUGCAGGCCAAGUGUUCAUGAAUCCUGGAAGUAAUAUACCAGUCUUCCCUAAAUGAACUAAAAGUAUGAAUUCUCACUGCGAAAAAAAAAAAAAAAAAAAAAAAAAAGCCUACAGUUGUUGAUAUGGCUUCGCUUGCCAUUUUUGUCAGCAUGUACCAUUCUGUUUCAAAAGAAAUCAGAAAUUUUAACAGUAAAUUUGACUUCUUGCCAGCAUAUUUAAUGAUUAAACAGUCUGUUGUACCAUGUGUCAACAGCCACAAUAUACUCUAUAUCUAAAUCAUGUGUUUGGUACAGGUUCAGCCUAGCAAAAUUUGAAGUGAACCAGCUGCAUAAUUUAUGAAGAUAAUUAAAAUUUAUUUUAGGUUCUGUUUGUGCUUAAAGCUUUAUUUGUACAAUUUAUGUAAAGAUAUAGGGGCAAAACAAAAAAAAAAACAGAAUUUUCUUAGCCAAACUUUGGACUUGUGUAUUGAUAUAAAAAUCACCUUGGUUUCAAUAUCAAGUUUAAAAGCAUUUAGCUUCAAAUAGUAAUAUCUAACCACCAAGUCACAGUAUUGUAUUUACAAUUUUAGAGCUUAAAUAAAACAAACUGAGGAAUGUAAUUUUGUUAGCAAAGUUUAAUAUGUUAAUGAAUGAUUAUGAAGUUUCUCAAACAUUGUUUCAGGCAGUUUAGAUAAUUUAUAAUAUACAUGACAUAAUUAAGUUACUACAUCUACUGAGUGUUGAUGAAAAAUUAUAUGACUGAAACAGAUAUUUUAAUUUAAAUAUACUGAAACUUUUAAACUUAGUGUUGAAUUAAUUAAAUGCUGAAAACCAGUUUUAUCAAGGGGAUUCAGAAUGCGUAAUUCAUUAAUUAAUAUUCAGUCAAUUUUUUAUGUUAUAUAACAAUAAGUAUUUAAAAAAAUUAUCAUAGCUAGAAAUAUGAGCAGGAUAAAUAUCUAUACAUUUAUCCUACCUACCAUCAUCUAAAAUAUAUUUUUUGUCAGCUGAAGAGUUCAUUCGCUGCUAUCAUUAUAUCAUUGUCCAUUUUAUUAUUUUGGUAGAUGCCUAUAUUAGGGCUCUUGGUAACAGUGCGCCUAAUACUGUCAUCAUUUUAAACUACACAUGAUUGUUUAAUCUCCAUGGGGAAGUAGAACAGAAUUCUUCCUCCAUAAGCCAUGCGUGUCAUAAGAGGCGACUAAAAUGUUGGGAGCAAGGGGCUAGUAACCCCUUCUCCUGUAUAAGUUACUAAAUUUAAAAAGAGAAACUUUCAUUUUUCUUUUUAGGCCACCCUACCUUGGUGGGAUACAACUGGUUUGUUGAAAGAAGAAGAUGAUUGUUUAAAUAUUAUUUGUAUUUCAGAUUUGGAAGAUUUAAGUUUUUGGGCCAGAGUCUCGGGUAAUACAAAAAUAUAUAUACAGUGCUC